AUGGUCAACCCCACAAAGGAGAUUGCCUAUGGUGCCGCUGCAGGAUGCUUGGGUAAAUUCAUCGAGUUCCCCUUCGAUACCGUGAAAGUGCGGCUCCAGUCCGCACACGGCACUCGGUCUACCAUCAGCGUGAUUUCGCAUAUUCUUCGCCAGGAGGGCGUGCUUGGAUUCUACAAAGGGCUCAAGGCCCCGCUUUUUGGCGCCUGCUUGGAAAGCGCCAUUUUGUUUUCUGCAUAUGAGUAUGCUCAACAGUUCUUGCGGCAGCUGACGCCGUGGCUGUCUUCGUCCAUGCUAUCUAUAUGUUGUAGUGGAGUCUUUUCCGGGUUUGCGGCAUCGUUUGUGCUUACGCCCGUGGAGUUGGUCAAGUGUAAUUUGCAGGUGGCCAAUCUUCUGGAGAAAACGCGCCAUGAGUCGUAUGGGUCCAUCCUGUCGCAGAUCAUCAAGAGACACGGAAUCGCCGGGCUCUGGCUGGGGCUAUCGUCGACGCUUCUAAGGGAAAUGGCCGGCACGGCAGUGUGGUUUGCCGCAUACGAGAAGUCCGCCAUUUGGUACAACCGCUUGUGGCCGGAGCAGAAAAACAUCAACUCCCUCAUGAGCGGCGCCACGGCCGGCUUUCUUUUCAACUUGUCGAUCUUUCCUGUAGACACCAUCAAGUCCAACAUCCAGACCGCGCACAUUUCCGGCCGGCUGGCGGCUGAUCUGUCUUUUUCCAGCGUGCUCCGGAGCUUGGUCCGCCGCCCGGGGGGUGUCGCCAAUUUGUACAAUGGACUAGGCAUCACGUUGGUGCGUUCGAUUCCUGCCAACGCUGUCAUAUUCUAUACUUACGAGUACCUCAAGACCCACUUCUGA